AUGGGCCUGUCCGGCCCUCAACACGAUCCAGAGGAUUGGCCUCUUCCACUUUCUCGGCGAGAAAGUACACUGUCCUCAUCAACUCAAUCGUCCGGCCAGAUCAGUCCAGGCACCUCGCCUUUCACUUCGCACCCCCUCAGCAGAACGGCUUCCUCUGUAGGCUCGCGAUCGAGAGAAGCCUCGUGCUACUCGCUACACGAGGAAGUCAUCCACAUCCCGCUCAACAACCAUGUCACCAUCACUUUCGUGCGAAGUAACAAACUGUUCAAGCUCCGUUAUACCUACAUCGACGUACGCAAGGAUACUACUGGCAGCCUCAGGUGCCUGGAGCUCGGAGGUGGCCCUGGCCAGCAAACCCCAUUAAUUCAUACCUUUAACGAGUCGAAAAUCCCUGUCCCACACUUAGAACAUCCUAAACGUCCCAACGAACCCUCGCUACGGAUCUCUUUCAUGGAAGAGCAGACCGUACAAUCCGUACAGACCGUGUUUACGACCCAAUUAUCAUACCAAUUUGAAGAAGAAAGAGACUGUGUUCAGUUUCAGGAGAUCAUUCUAGCAUCCAAAUUAGUCUUUCUUGCCGGAAUUGCAGAAGCCAAGUCGAAAGGCCGUGGAGAGGAGUGCAUCAGCCAAAAUCUACGUAUCCUCCGCGGACCCAAUGGCAAGCAAGUCAUGCUAUUUUUCGCCAAUUCUCAGCGGAAAGACUUGAAGCGCUACGUGAAAGUACCAGUGAAUUGUAUUGAAAGUUGUAAUCCCGGCAAGAAGCCAGGGCGGCCUGUAGUAAUACAGCUCCAACCUAAUUUUGAUAUCCUAACUCAAAUGAAGACGCUACAGAUCCAGUUCCUGGACGAUACAGAUCGAAUAGCGUUCUGCCAGUUUCUGAGCGACCACAUCAAGUGAGAUGAGAAGGAGAGAGGGGACUACAGCAUUACGAUUGCAUAAUUCAAGGAGAAGGGGGGAAGGGGGAGGAUUGAAUUGCCUCGGGCGAUGGUGGCCACCACGUGUGUCCCACUGUAUAAAGUCGCUGCUAGGCUCAUUAUGUGGGUCGAAGGAUCUUUGUUUCGUAUCCAGGUCGCACUAGUCUUCUGGUCUUUCAUUUUGUUCAUUUGCCACGACAUUCCAUGUAUCAUUUUUAUACCCGUGUCGGCAGUCGUUAGACAAAGCGCUCUUUUUUAUUUUUAUUUUCUUUUCUGCCUUUCC